AUGCCUGGACUUGUCGAGAAGAAACGCAAGCGCACCGAUGCCACCGCCGUCGCAAAACCUACAAAGUCCAAGAAAGUAAAGGCUACCACCAACGAUGGCGACGACGACCCGCAAGCCCAGAUGCUCCUGCUGGAACAACAAGUCCUCGAGUCGCCGUCAAACUACCCAAAUAUUACCAGUCUGCUCAAGUUUCUCAAGUCAAAAGAUGCAACUCAAAAAAUCACGGCUGCCGUCGCUCUCUGCCGUACCUUCUGCCGCUUGAUGGCUGCAGAGAGAAUGGUCAAGCAGAAGACCAUGGACGAGGAAGAGAUUGGACAGGUCGACUGGCUCAAGACACAGUACAAGGAAUACGGCCGACAGCUAGGUCGUCUGCUGGCGAGCGAGGAGCUCCAAAGCACUGCCCUGACCCUGUUCAUGCGCCUGGUCAAGGAAGAGACAUCGCAGGAUGGUCGCCGUGCUGAGCAGGCUUGGAGAACUGGUAUCUUUGCGGAUUUGAUUUUGGGCCUUGUGGCAUCGCCAGAUGCCUCUGGUGCACGCGAGGAAUUCAUCGAGAAGUUUGUCGAGGAGCACGACGACGUCCGUUACUUCACCUUCUACGCUGUCGCAAACAUUCUGGCUCGCUCGCCCGAGGGCUACGACCGCCAAACUCUGGUCUCGAACGCUCUCUCGCUGCUUCUCCUGAUUGAGAACGCUCCCGACUCAGACUCCCAACUCGAGGAUUGGUACGGACAAACUCCCGAAGGUCGCAAGCACGCUCUUCUGUCCUUGUCGUCACAUCGCAAGACAGCACAAGAGGCGUGGCUUGCUAUCUUCCGCUCUGCUCUGACUAAGGAUGAGCGCAAAUCCAUUCUUCACCACCUGACCACCCGCAUUGUACCCUGGUUCACUAAGCCCGAGUCGCUCAUGGAUUUCUUGACAGACAGCUACAACGCUGGUGGUGCCACUUCUCUGCUCGCGCUAUCUGGUCUCUUCUACCUCAUCGCUGAGAAGAACCUCGAUUACCCUGCCUUCUACACGAAACUCUACUCUCUGCUCGACGACACGCUACUGCACUCGAAACACCGCAGUCGCUUCUUCCGCCUCCUCGACACCUUCAUGAGCUCUACCCAUUUGCCAUCAGCCCUGGUCGCCAGUUUCAUCAAGAGAUUGUCAAGGCUAGCGCUGCACGCACCUCCUGCCGCCAUCGUCGUAGUAGUGCCCUGGGUUUACAACAUGUUGCUGCGUCAUCGUACUUGCACAUUCAUGAUCCACCGCGAAGUUCGUGGUGCAUCACAACUGAAGAAGCUCGAGGCAGAAGGCAUGGACGACUGUUUCUCCAUGGACGAAAUGGACCCCAUGGAGACCGGUGCCAUUGACUCAUCGCUCUGGGAACUUGAGACUUUGGCCUCGCACUACCAUCCCAACGUCGCAACACUGGCGAGAAUCAUUCAGGAGCAGUUCACAAAGAAGAACUACAACAUGGAAGAUUUCUUGGACCACAACUACCAAGGUUUGAUCGAUGCUGAGCUGGGCAAGGAGAUGAAAAAGACGCCAGUGGUCGAAUUUGAAAUUCCGAAGAGGAUCAUCACGGCUGAGGAGGGUGGAUUGAACGAUCUUGGUGGUCUGUUACAGACUGCCGUCCAGGCACUGUAA